CUACGCUAGUCUCCGGUGGAUAGUCGAACGGCACGGUUUGUUAUUAUUGUGUGGAUCUGGAAUUUUAUAAUGAUGAGUGAAGAAAGAAAGAGAGAUGAAAAUUUAUUUGAAGAUGGAGGUCCAGGACAGCUCUAUAUGUCAUUUGUUAUUAUGGAUGAUUUGUUAGACAAACUUAAAUUAUUAAAUUAUGAUAAAGAAUUCUGUAGAGAGUUGAAAGUGAAAUUUUUAAACAGACAUUAUUUUGCUCUGCAAACAAAUCCUGGAGAACAGUUUUUUAUUUUUACAGCUUUGUCUGCAUGGCUUAUAAGAACAACAGGAAGAUCAUUUGAAACACCUCAAGAGGAUGAUGAUCCAAAUUCUACGAUAUCCAACAUCUUAGAUGUUCUGCGAAAUAUGGGUGCAGCAGUUGAUUUUCCUCCCAGCAGAUUGAAAUCAGGAUUUGGAACUGAAGUCAUCUAUGUUCUGAAUUGUUUAGCUGAUCAAGCAUUAAAAGCUGUUCACUUUGGAUGGAAUAAAGCUAGUCAUCCAGUUGAAGAUCUGGAAGAAGAAAACUUAAUAGAUGAUAGUGCUGAAGUUACAUUAGAAAAGAUUGAAGAAGAAAUGCUAAUAGAAGAUGAUGAUGAUGAUGACGACGAUGAUGAAGAAGGAGGAAUAUUAGAUUUAGAAGGACUGCGAAAUCUUCCUCUAUCUAGAACUAAUGCUGCAGAAAUAAAUAAACCUGAUGACAUUAUGGAAUCGACAACAGACUCUGCAGAAUGGAAACUAGAGGUAGAAAAAGUUCUUCCUCAGUUAAAAGUGACUUUACGACCUGAUGCAAAGGAUUGGCGAAGUCAUAUUGAACAAAUGCAUCAGCAUCGCAAAGACAUUGGUGAGAGUCUAUCUGUAACAAGAAAUCAAUUAGACAAACUUCACUUGGAAAUCACUCGAACAUUAGAAAAAAUUGGAAGCAGAGAAAAGUAUUUGAAUAAUCAACUAGAACAAAUGUUGUUAGAAUAUAGAGCAUCUCAAGAUCAACUUGCUCAAACAAAAGAACAAUACAGAUCUGUUAGUGGUGGUGUAACAGAAAGAUCUCGAAUAUUAGGGCAGAUAACAGAAGAAUUAGAGCAAAUAAAACAAGAAAUGGAAGAAAGAGGAUCUAGCAUGACUGAUGGAACUCCUCUGGUGAACGUGCGGAAGGCCCUGGCCCGCCUGAAGAGCGAGACGGCGCAGACGGACGUCAGGAUCGGGGUGGCCGCCCACACGUUGCUGCGGGCCAAGUUGAAGGAGAAGGGAAAUCUGCAGAGAGCGGCCGAUCCGUUGCCAGCCGCCGCCGACUUCGAUUCCGUCUUUUGAGCGACCGUUUGGCCCGAUAAAGACGCCCGAUCGAAGCAAAUCGGACCGGGGGAAAUUGCCGUUAAAAAGGGGAACGGCGGAUUCUUCGUGUUUAACGAAAGCCGCGAGUCGCCGAGUCGACCGCUUUACCUUUCGGGCCAAAGCCGCUUUUUAUUUAAAUACGUGUGGUGGUUACCCGAGUUUACUUUACGUCGGUUACCGCGUUAACGUCCAGAAACCGGCCGCGUUAUAACUUUCCUCCUUUUCCGCUCGUCUCGGCAAACUUUAAUACCGGACGUAAAUUGUCCGUAACCGAAACGUAGGCGCCGGAAAAUUUCCCCCACAAAAGCUUACGCCGCACUUUCGCUCGUCACCCUUCUGUUCCGGCCGCAUUAGGUCGGUGGAGACGACGAUUAUAAGAAAACGCACGCGCUCUUCGUACAUUGUCGGCAAAUACUAAAGAAUAAAGACCAUCCCCGAGACGGUCUCCAUGUAAACGUUACAAAAAUGUCGCUUUUAAACCGGUCGAGUUUUUGGUAAAAAAUAACAAACCUUUUACUUUUGAAAGUCUUAAAAAAUAAAUCGUUUUUAAAAUUAACAAUUAUAAAAGAAACGAACGUUCUUUUAAUCCUCUGCGCGCACGGCAUUUCUUUAAUUAAAAAUUCCUGUGUCACACGUUGCUACCUGCGGUGGUAGUUUAGGUUGGAGAGCGAUAGUCUGGCCGUCCGUACUACGGUUACUUUUACCAUCGGGAGCCUUUUUUUAACUUCCGCCUCCGAAAACGCCUAUUUUACAAUCGUAGAUCCGCCGUCCUUUUUCUUUGCUUCUCGUUUUCGGAUGCCUACUCACGGAGGUGGCGAACGGAUGGAGCGCAUCUCGCGGUUACGGUUGAAUUUAUAAGUUACUAGCAGACCCCGCCACGCGUUGUUGUAGCUCAAAAUGUAUCUAUAAUAAAUGUAUAACACUUCCCCCGUGGGGGGGAAUUUUUCAAAAAAUCC